UAUAAAUAGACAUGGCGAGUUCGACUCAGAUCAUUAGCAGCAAGUGAAUGAUUAGUGACUAAUCACUUCGAUUUGGAGCUCACUUGUUCGAUACUAAUCACUUCAAUUCCAUUCUGGUUUCAGAUAGGAGUAAUUAAUCACUUGGUGUUAAUUGCUUCGUCUAAUUACGUACUCCUGCUAAUGGCGAGGUCGUCGUCGACUCAUCUCGUGGUGAAGUCUUCCCUCCGCCCGCGGCGACGGCGCGUGCAUCGCUGUCGCCGGUCUCCCACCAAGGCGGAGCGCUACGAGGGGGUUGUUCUUGCCGGCGCUGAUGGAGGAGCCGCCGACGGCAUGGGCAUCUUUGGUGCAGCUGGCUGUCCACCUCUGUCGCCGGAGUAUCCGGUGGUGCCGGACAUGGACGACUGCGCCGUCGUCGUCGACAGCGUGGAUGAUGGCGCUCCGGCGGCGGGCCGGCGCGCCUCGGAUGAGACGCUUGCGGUACACGCCGGGGAGAAGCUCGGGAGCGGCGGCGAGGCCGCCGGGACGGACUCGAUCGCGACGCCGAUCGUGAGCGGCACGACGCACUGGUUCAGGGACUCGGCCGACCUCGUCGCGUUCCGGGAAGGCCGGCGGCAGAGCUUCGAGUACGGACGGUACGGCAACCCCACGGUGAAGGUGCUGGAGGAGAAGAUCAGCGCGCUCGAGAGGGCGGAGGCGACGCUCGUCACCUCCUCUGGCAUGAACGCCAUCGUCGCCACACUCCUCGCCCUCGUCCCUCCCGGCGGCCACGUCGUCGCCACCACCGACUGCUACAGCGAGGCGCGCGUUUUCAUCCGGGACAGGCUCUCCAAGAUGCGCAUCACGUCGACGUUCGUCGAUCUGGACGACAUGGAGGCGUUGGAAUCCGUUCUUGAUCAGGGCAACGUGACUAUGUUCUACGCCGACUCGCCGACGAACCCUCACUUGAAGGUCGUCGACGUGCGGCGCGUCGCCGAGCUGUGCCGCCGGAGAGGCGCGCUGGUGUGCAUCGACAGCACGCUGGCGUCGCCCAUCAACCAGAAGCCGCUCACCCUCGGCGCCGACGUCGUCCUCCACUCCGCCACCAAGUACAUCGCCGGCCACCACGACGUCAUCGCCGGCUGCGUCAGCGCCUCGGAGGCGCUCAUCUCAAGGAUACGCGCCUGGCACCACGACCUCGGCGGAGCCAUUAGUCCGAAUGCAGCGUACAUGAUCAUCCGCGGACUGAAGACGAUGGCGCUGCGUGUGGAGGCGCAGAACCGGACGGCGCUGAGGAUGGCUCGGCUGCUGGAGAACCACCCCAAGAUCGAGCGCGUCUACUACCCGGGGCUGGAGAGCAGCCCCUGGCACGGCGUCGCGAGGAAGCAGAUGGCCGGCGGCGGCGGCGUGAUCAGCUUGGAGGUGGCGUCGGACCUGCGCGGCGCGAUGAGGUUCGUGGACGCGCUGGAGCUGCCGCUGAUCGCGACGUCGCUCGGCGGCUGCGAGAGCCUGGUGCAGCAGCCGGCCGUCAUGUCCUACUGGGGGCGCGAGGAGGAGAAGGCUAAGAAUGGGAUUAAGGACAACUUUGUGAGGUUCAGUUUUGGGAUUGAGAAGUUUGAGGAUCUUAGGGAGGAUAUACUCCAGGCACUAGAAAAGAUUUAGUGUAGGGCCAGGCCAGCUUUCAUUACCUGAUCCAUAAUCUUGUAUCACAUGGGCACACAACCAAUUUUUUGAUUCUUCAGUUCAAUUUAGAAUUUGGAUGAUCUCUUAUAGCUCCAAAGUUGACAUGAAUAUAGGAUUCUUUAUUUGUAUACAAAGGAAAUGCAGAAAGAUAUUGGCUACUUCUGCAAAACAAGAUAUGGACUGCCGACGGACCGCAAAUUAGGGGCUGGCCUAACUGUUACUUUUGCCAGUUAUGCUACAGGAACCUUGAA